AGCCAGAAUUCGGGGGGGAAAUGGCGUUCGCUCCGCCCAAAAGCGCAGAGGGGGCGAAACUCCAAACCAAAAUGAGCACCUGGACGCCGCUGAACAAUCCACUCAUGAAUGACAAGGUGUUUGAAGAAAGAAGAGAUUUGCUCGGGAAAUGGUUUGAUAAGUGGUCGGGUGCCCAGAGACGGAGGAUCCUCUGUGAUCUGUUCGAGCGAGGCUCCAUGUCACAGCUCAGAUUCUGCAACAACCUCCUGCAGGAGAAAGUGCCGCGAGAAUCUCUGGACUUCACCACGGUGCUGCCCCGGGCUCUGUCCCUCUACGUCUUCUCCUUCCUGGACCCUCGCAGCCUCUGCCGCUGCGCUCAGGUGAGCUGGCACUGGAAGUCCCUGACAGAACUGGACCAGCUGUGGAUGCCAAAGUGCCUGCGGUUCGGGUGGUACAUCAACUUCUCCCCGACGCCUUUCGAACAAGGAAUCUGGAAGAGACAAUACCUAGAGAUGGUGGACCAACUGCACGUCACAAGACCCAAGACUCCACCAAAGGACGAGUUUGUCGUUAUCGACGUGAAGCCAAUCAAUAAAGAAGCUUUGGAUACAAAGUUGUCAUCUUCUCUCACCCAUCGAUCCGUGUUGGGCAAGUCACAUGACCUGGGGAGGAAGGAGUUCCAGCCAUGGCGUUCCUCAGAUAAACAUCCCACGGACACCGUACGAUACAACUACCUGGACAAUGGUGGGCGUAUUGAAUAUGCGCGUUUAGCAGAGAAAUAAAAUCUGACCUCCCAGAACCUGGAGAGGAAGAAGUUGCCGUCGUCUGCUUCCUAUAAGCUGCGCAAAGCCAAGUCCCUGCCGUGUAAAUCACCAUUUAGACACGCAGACAAUAAGCAGAUGUCACUUACAGCUGAAUUUGGAAAAAUUGGCAAGGCCUCGACCAGACCGAACUGGGCCGCCCACCUAAACGGAGAAUACCCGGUGAACAAGACGACGGCAAAGACGUUGGCGCAAAGCACUGAGUGGAAUGCUGGGAUAAGACCUGCGCCGGUCCGGGCCGGAGUGCCCAAGCUGUCCGAGAAGGGGAGCAGGGCCUGCGUCCGCACAUCCAGGAGCUCUCCAACAAUAGCUUUGUUUGAGAGUCAACCAUGGCAGAUCCCGGCCACAGCCCGCGAUUCGGACGAGGACUAGGAUCCGAGAAAGCCCAUAGGAG